UUGAACUAGAAGGCAAAGCCACAAAACUGUUUAAGCAGCAGCUGUAUCCUAGGCAGAUGCUCAGACGACAGCAGACCUGCGGACAUUGCCCUGAUCACAAAGGCACUUGACAUCUGGUUGUGGACCCAGCAUGGAGAAGGCAUCAAGAAGCUGAUCCGGAGUCCAGGAUUUUAUGCUUCAACCCACUGACCCACCCCAAUGGGACACUCGAUCACUCUUGAGUUCUUUAAAGAGUAACAUUUCAGUGGUUAAAACAGUCCUUUGCUGAAAGGCCAUGCUCUUUGUUUCCUUCCACGUUGUCCUCAAAGGAUUAAAUUAGAGGUCCAAUGAUUCAAUAACCUUGGUGGGACUCUGGGAAAGUGGCUGUAAGCAACUGCGGGCUUGGAGGUCUGACACACUGGUUUGAGGGUCAAGCACAGGUGGGCUAUCAAAACCCACCUGAAGUUAGCACUUGAAGAAAUGAGAAGAUAGCCCCUCUUCCAGGGUCAUUGAGUCUUCGACACUUCUGCCGAGCCUGGGUGGCAGGGAUUUUUUUGAUGGGACCAAAACCUUGAGGCAGCUAUCCAAGGGUAACAACAUUAGACUCAACCCUCUGAGCUAGAGGUAGACGACUCCAUAAUACUUAGCACAUUCAGCUCAGCUUCUGCUUGCGGAUCCAUAGAACUUUUGCGGCCUACUUUUCAUCUUCAAAUGAUCCUCUUCCCUUUUAAUUUCUGAAUGUGACACAAGGCCAUUGAGUUGGGGGUAUCUCAAGAAUGGCAAUGGCUUUUACAUCUGCUAUGACACUUUUCAUGGAAAUUCCUCUCAACAUGACCUACUACGAGUAUCAAUAUGCAGACGAGGAGGACUAUAGUCAAUUUUUGGUGUGCAGAAAAGAAAACAUUGUGUCGUUCAGCAAAGUGUUCCUGCCAGUGCUCUAUAGUUUGGUGUGUUUGCUUGGAUUAGUUGGGAACUUUCUCCUAUUUAUCAUCCUCCUCAAGUACACUAAGAAGAGGAGGAUGACGGAGGUGUACCUGAUAAAUCUGACCAUUUCGGACCUUCUCUUUGUGGCAACGCUUCCUUUCUGGGCCACGCAUGCGGCUUCUGAAUGGGUGUUUGGAACGGUGUUGUGUAAGAUCCUUAGUACUAUCUACACCAUGAACUUCUACAGCGGCAUCUUCUUUGUGAGCUGCAUGAGUCUAGAUAUGUACUUGGAGAUCGUUCAUGUGUGGUCCAGUAGAAACUCCAGGACAUCAGGAAAGUGUUUCCUUGUCCCUUUAGCGGUGUGGAUUGCUUCCAUACUGCUGUCUGUUCCCGAUGCUGUCUUAAUGCAUGUGGAGAAGCUCCAUGAUGGGAAAUUGGUGUGCAACCAUGACUACAGCCAGCACAGCUCCAUCUGGAAGAUUACCCUCCGAUUUUUGCAGAACGUGCUGGGCUUUCUCGUCCCAUUCCUCUGCAUGGUGUUCUUUUAUACACGCAUCGCUUGUGUCCUCACCACGUAUAAGUCCCCUAGCAAAAAAAGAGCUCUCCAGCUUGUCAUUGUUCUGGUAACUGUUUUCUUUGUCCUGUGGUUCCCUUAUAACAUCACCCUGUUUCUUCACUCUCUGCAAGACCUUCAUGUGUUUAAGGACUGCGAAACCAGCCAGCACCUGGACUACGCUAUACAAGUCACUGAGAGCCUCGCCUUUGUUCACAGCUGCCUCAAUCCUCUCCUGUAUGCCUUUGUGAACAAACGGUUCAGGUUGUAUUUAAAGAAAAUAUUGGGGGCAGUCUUCAGGAAGCAGAGCAUCCUCAUUUUCCAGCCCUCUGAGACGAGUCAGUUUUCUAGUAAGCGCACAGCCCAAAUAGAAAUGCUAAGCAUCACCAACCUGUCCUAAAUAUUAAGAUGUUAUCACUGCUUAUGCUUUAACACCACAAAUUUUGCUGCUUUUGGGGGGUCAGGAAAGGUAAGGGAGAGGGGUUGGAGCACCAAGCUGGAAAUGAGGAAUAAUCCCAUCCCUGACACUAGCUGUCUCAGUCGCUGUGGGCAAACCACAACCAUUCCCUUUCUCUGAACUGAUGGGGGUGGGAAUUUGUUGUUGCAAUUCUUUCUGAAAUCUGCCCCUACAAUGGGGGAAUCCCAAGGAAAUUGGGGUGACUGAAUUCAUGUGAAAAUGUCUGAGAGCAAAACCCUGGGCAGUAACCACGAGCUCACUCCACAGUUGUAACCGUGAACUAUGUUACAUAUGCAAGGGGAUUACCAAGGGGGAGCCCAGGAUAUGUGUAUCUGGUAGUAAGUAUUAUCACAGGAGCAACAGCAUGCGCGCACCCACCCAUAUAUACGAUUAUAUAAAAAUAUAUAUGCAUAAAAUGCAUACAUAUAUAUAUAGGAUUACAUAUC